GGCCAUCACGCUGCCAGGCCCGGGGCCCUGAGCCGCCCGGCCGCUGCUCCUCCAGCGAGCGCGGAGCGGGACGCAGGUGGACCAUGUGGACUCUGGUGAGCUUGGUGGCCUUAGUGACAGGACUGGUGUCUGGAACACUGUGCCCAGAUGGUCAGCUCUGCCCUGUGGCUUGCUGCUUGGACCCAGGAGGAGCCAGCUACAGCUGCUGCAAUCCUGUUCCGAACAAACGGCCCACAGCACUUAGCAGGCAUCUGGGCAGACCCUGCCGUAUCGAUGCCCAUUGCUCUCCUGGCCACUCCUGCCUCCAUAGUGUCUUGGGGACCUCCAGCUGCUGCCCAUUCCCAGAGGCCGUGUCAUGCGGGGAUGGCCGCCACUGCUGCCCAAGGGGCUUCCACUGCAGUGCUGAUGGGCAGUCCUGCUUCCGAAGAUCAGAUACCAACCCCUUGGGUGCCGUCCAGUGCCCCAACAGCCAGUUCGAGUGCCCCAACUCCUCCACAUGCUGCACUAUGCUUGAUGGCUCCUGGGGAUGCUGCCCCAUGCCCCAGGCUUCUUGCUGCAAAGACAAGGUGCACUGCUGCCCCCAUGGUACCUCCUGUGACCUGGCUCAUUCCCGUUGCCUCACAGCCGUGGGCACCCACCCCCUGGCAAAGAAGAUCCCCGCACAAAGGACUAAUAGAACAGGGAUCAUGUGCCCAGAUGGACAGUCCCAGUGCCCUGAUGGUUCUACCUGCUGUGAACUUCCUAAUGGGAAGUAUGGCUGCUGCCCAAUGCCUAAUGCCAUCUGCUGCUCCGACCACCUGCACUGCUGUCCCCAGGACACUGUGUGCGACCUGGCCCGGCUUAAGUGCCUUUCCAAGGAGAACGCUACGCACCUCUUCACCAAGCUGCCAGCACACACAGUGCAGGAGGUAAAGUGCGACAUGGAAGUGAGCUGCCCAGAUGACUAUACCUGCUGCCGCCUACAAUCAGGGGCCUGGGGCUGCUGCCCUUUUGUUCAGGCUGUGUGCUGUGAAGACCACAUACACUGCUGCCCGGCUGGGUUUAAGUGUAACACAGAAAAGGGUACCUGUGAACAGGAAGGCCACCAGCUGUCCUGGAUGGAGCAGGCCCCAGCCCGCUCCAGCCUACCAGACCCCCAAGCCAUGAAGAGGGAUGUCCCCUGUGAUAAUGUCACCAGCUGCCCCCCCUCCAAUACCUGCUGUCGACUCAUGUCUGGAGAGUGGGGCUGCUGUCCUGUCCCAGAGGCUGUCUGCUGCUCGGAUCACCAGCACUGCUGCCCUCAGGGCUACACGUGCUUGGCUGAGGGGCAGUGUCAGAGGGGCAACAAGAUUGUGGCUGGACUGGAGAAGAUGCCUGCCCACCGGGCUUCCUUGUCCCAACCCAAAGACGUGGGCUGUGAUCAGCACACCAGCUGCCCAGUGGGCCAGACCUGCUGCCCAAGCCUGAGUAAGGGCUGGGCCUGUUGCCAGUUGCCCCACGCCGUGUGCUGUGAGGACCACGAGCAUUGCUGCCCCACUGGGUACUCCUGCAAUGUGAAGGCCCGAACCUGUGAGAAGGAGGUGGAUUCUGCCCACCCUGCUGCCCACCUGACCGUUGGCCCUAAUGUGGGUGUGGGGGCUGUGGAAUGUGGAGGGGGGCACUUCUGCCAUGAUAACCAGACCUGCUGCCGAGAUAGCCGUGGGAACUGGGCCUGCUGUCCCUAUCGCCAGGGCAUCUGUUGUGCAGACCAGCGUCACUGCUGUCCUGCUGGCUUCCACUGUGGGGCCAAAGGCACCAAGUGUUUACGCCGGGAGACCCUGCGCUGGGACACUCCUUUGAGGGUCCCAGUCCCAAGACAGCUGCUGUGAGGAGGGAUUGAGGACCAAAGACACAUCAUAGCCCUCAGUACCCUGCUCAGAGGGUGCCCACUGCUCAGGCCUCCCCGUCACCUCUCCCCCACCAAAUUCUCCUGGGUCCCCCAUUCUGAGUCCCCCCCAUCACUGAGGUGAGGUCUCAGUCUAAGGCCUUCCCUAUUAGAUGGGGAGCUGUGGCAAAAGCCAUUUUACAAGCUGUCAUCCCCUCCUCCAAUUUCUGUGGACCCUGUGGCCAGGUGCUCUUCCCUAUCCACAGGUGUGUGUAUGUGUGUGUGUAUGUAUGUGUUUCAAUAAAGUUUGUACACUUUCUUAA